UACGACUUUGUUCAACGUGAAAUUUGCUCAGUUUGAAAAUUACCAUCUUAACGUAAACAUCAAUACUAUUAACUCCAGAACGCGGACGGCUGCCGAUCAAUUGCGUGUUGCACUUCAGCGAAAUUGUUACUUUAAAAUGGACACAACACCAUUCGCUCCAGAUACUGUCAGCCAAUGCGGGCCAACGUGGUUGGAUUUGGAAUAUAUAAAAAAGAUAAUUCAAAGGUAUACCAACAAUCAGUUGGUUGAGAUUAAGAGUUUUAAGGUAAGCUCAGCCACUGCCAAAGGAGAGAACUAUUUAAGUGCCUUGUAUAUGUUGGAUGUGCGGUACAAAAACAAUGUAGAUGACGAGAGUGAGACAUGGGAACGAUCAUUCAUGUUAAAGACGCGUCUGGAGAACGAGUUGGUUGAGCAGCUGGAGGAACAUUUAGACGUUUUUGUUCGAGAAGCUCAGUAUUAUACCGCGAUAAGCGAUGAAAUCGACAAGUUAUUGGGUGCUGAUGUAUCCAUCUUCGGACCGAAAACGGUGUACGUUGACGAACGGAUUAUUGUAAUGGAGAAUCUUAAGUUACGUGGCUAUAGUAUAGGAGAUGUAAAGCAAGGUCUGAAUGAAAGUCAAUGCCUGUUGGUUCUAAGAAAGUUGGGAAAAUUUCACGCCGUCUCCAUGGUUUUGUAUGGGAAGAAUCCAGACAUAUUUCGUUUUCACUUGCCUGGAAAUAUAUCAGACCAUCCUUCACCGAUGCAUAUGAUAUAUAAAGCUUGUGUUAAAACUACCAUUGAAUAUUGCAAUGCUACCGAAGAUCUGAAGAAGUUCGUACCGAAAUUGGAAGUCUUUGGUCAGAGCAUUAUAGCUAAACUAAUAAAUGUAUACAGCCGCAAUCUGAACGAUAGGUAUCAUGUUCUAAAUCAUGGUGAUGUUUGGGUUAACAAUUUAAUGUUUCAUGCUCACGAGCCGGAUGUGCUAUUUAUUGACUUUCAAGAGGGAUUUUAUGGAUCUCCAGGAAUCGAUUUGAACUACCUAAUAUUUACCUCGUUGCAAGCAGAUGUAUUUCAAUGUCAUUUCGAUGACUUAGUGCUAGCAUAUCAUCAAUCACUGUGUGACACCCUUGUCGAGCUCAACUAUCAACACCGUAUACCAACAUUAGACGAUGUCAAAAAGGAAAUUUAUUCCAAAGGAUUUCAUGGCCUAGCAACUGCCACCUGCUUAUUGCCGAUAUUGAUUAACGAAAAUACUGAAUUGGCGGACCCCGAAAACUUUGUCUUAGAGACUGAUGAGGCUAUACAAAACAGACGUAAAAUAUUUUAUAAUCAAAAUUUUGGCGAUCGUUUAAAAAUAUUCCUAAAGUUUUUUGAAGACUUUGGUAUUUUAUAAAAACAAAAUAUAUUGAAAAAAUUGCCCACACUAUUUUGGUUUCCGCUUUUUAUAAUUACGUGGUAUCCAAUUCUAAAUUAAAAAUUGGCUAUUGCCGUUAAGUACUACCAUUUUUAA